AUGGCUGCCAACUAUUGGGUCUCGACCCAACGUCGUCAUUGGCUCUUCUCAAGAGAGAAGCUCGCCGAUAUUCGGGAGAGACUACGUGAACGAGAUAAGCUCACUCAUUCACAGUUUCCGCUGCCAGAUCAGCGGCUAUUGAAUAUUUACUUCAACCAACAGCUCAUUAAAUUGGGCAAGCGCAUGUCCACCCGGCAACAAGCAAUUGCCACUGCUCAGGUCUAUCUCAAACGGUUCUAUAUCAAGAAUGAAAUUCGUCAAACAAAUCCAUAUCUUGUACUCACAACAGCCUUCUAUCUGGCCUGUAAGAUGGAAGAGUGCCCCCAGCAUAUCCGCUUUGUGGUAGGAGAGGCUCGCGGACUAUGGCCAGAAUUUAUUACUCCUGAUGUAGCCAAGUUAGGGGAGUGUGAGUUCGCCUUGAUCUCUGAGAUGCACUCUCAACUCAUCGUCCAUCAUCCUUACCGCACUUUGUCCGAGCUGCAAGGCGAGUUAGCUCUGAGUUCCGAUGAAGUCGCACUAGCCUGGUCUGUGAUCAACGACCAUUAUCUAACUGAUCUCCCAUUGCUGCAUCCCCCACACGUGAUAGCCAUCAUGGCCAUUAUUGUGGCGGUCGUUUUCAAACCGGCCCAUCCUGGCAACUUUGGUAGUUCUGCCCAGUCAGCUUUGGCUGGUGCCAUGCGAGAUGGCGGUGGAAUGAACAUGCUAGCGGCUCUUUCGGACAAAUUGGGUUCUGGCCCACCACGCAUUCAGAAACUGGUCCAAUGGCUCGCAGAAAGCGAGGUGGAUAUUAAAGCUGUCAUUGAAUGUACCCAGGAGCUUUUGUCGCUGUAUGAGGUCUGGGAGCAGUAUAGUGAGAAGCCCUGCAAGGAAUUGAUUGGCAGGAUGGUGAAGAGUAAGAACUUGGAUAAGUAA